AGACAGGGNUAUUCACCAGAUGUUAAGUUCAAAUAUAUAAAUGUUGGAAAUGAAAUAUCCCCUGCUAAUAGUGCAACAUCUAAAUUUGCUCCCUUUCUUCUCCCUGCGUUGCAAAACGUGCAACAGGCGAUAACGAAAUUUCAACUUCAGGUUAAGGUCUCAACGGCAAUAGAGACAGGGAUUUUGACGAACACAUAUCCACCUUCUCAGUCAGUAUUUAGGGACGAUAUAAGCAGUUUUAUUAACCCACUUAUCGGGUUCUUGAAACAGAAUAACUUGCCUGUCUUAGCAAAUAUUUAUCCGUAUUUUGGUUAUCUUGGUGACCCUGCUCAUGUGCCACUCCCUUAUGCACUAUUUACACAACAAAAUCCCGAUCCAUCGGGCUAUCGUAAUCUUUUCGACGCUAUGUUGGAUGCAACAUAUUAUGCAGUUGAGAAAGCUGGCGGAGAAAACUUGCCAAUUGUUGUUUCGGAAAGUGGAUGGCCAUCAGAUGGUGGAGAUGGAGCAAGUAUAGAUAAUGCUGGAAUUUAUUACACUAAUUUGAUUAGUCAUGUGAAGUCAGGUGCAGGAACUCCACACAAGCCCGGAACUCCUAUAGAAAUUUAUUUGUUUGCUAUGUUUGAUGAAAAUAUUAAGAUCGGGGCCGAAACUGAGAAGUAUUUUGGAGUUUUCCAUCCCGAUAAAACUCCGAAGUAUAAUCUUAGCUUCUAGUAAAGUAAUUGAUUUUACAAAAUUUGUAAUUCUUCAAUGAUUUUAGGUGAAAACUAUUGUCUCAAUAAAAAUUUGCUAUAUAUGGAAGAAUACA